CAGAACCUGAGGGACAGAUUGAUCAGUAGCCAACAAACAGCAUCCUCAGUUAUUUAAGUAAGUGAUGAUGAUCCAGCUGUCUCCUGCCAGCCAAUCAGAAACCAGUAUUUGUGCGUGUUGGUUCUAGUCAGAUGGGUCCACUGCAGAGCAGCACGGAGAAGAAGAAGAAAACCAGAAGAAAGAAAACAAAAGAAGAAGAAGAGAAGGAGGGCGUGGAGACAGGUUUCUGUUGCUCUCUGUGUCAUAGGAAGUUCUCUACCAAACUGACUCUGAGGCGUCACCUGGGAGUCCACGGAGGAGAGAAACCCUUCAGCUGUCCACACUGCACCUACAGCAGCAGACUGAAGGCCUCGCUGCUGCAACACCUGAGGACACACACAGGUGAGAAGCCGUACAGGUGUCCUGAGUGUCCGUAUGCUUCUAUAGAUCGCAGCUCUCUGCUCAGACACUGCAGGACCCACAGUCAGGAGAAACCCUACAGGUGUACUCACUGCGACUACAGCAGUAUCCAGAAGAAGAGUUUGGACCUCCACGCUCGCCGUCAUCACACUGGCGAGGCGUUUCCAUGCCAACAGUGCGAGUACUCGAGUCCGGACCGCCAGCUGCUGCUGAGACACGUCCGCAGACAUCACACACCCUCCCAGCAUGCCGUGCUCUGACCUCACAGUUGAUUGGACUGUUGGCUCGUGGGCGGGACUACAGUUUGAUGAUGUCACAAUGUUUUUCAUUUUAUGGAUGGAUUUUAAUUAGUUAAUAAAUAUAAAAACUGAA